CGAGAGAAUGACGUAAGGACGCCGUGCAUAAAAAGGUAGCGAUUCGCCGGUUUCAAAUCAAAAUAAACCAUGAUGAUGAAGUAUCUCGGGACGGCGUGGAUCGCUCUACUCCUGCUGCAUGCUGUCAGCGGCAAAUCACUGAAAGACCAGGCAGCAGAAAAUUCAAAAGGCGCCCACAAAUGCGAAUAUCAGGGGAAGACUUAUUCUGAGGGAGAGGAUCUUCCAACUCGUCGACUCUGUCUCGCCUGCAAAUGUUCUCCUCAAUUCGAAGAGCCAAACGAUCGAGUCUGCGACAUCAUUAACUGUCCCGUGGACAAUCGCAUUGAGCUCGGAUGCUUUCCAGUAUACAACGACACCGAAUGCUGUCCAGUGUCUUACAAUUGUGAGAAGAGCGACGCUAUUAAAAAAUGCGACAAACGAUAUUUUAAACAUUACGAAGUGAAGGGAUGUACGCCGGUGUAUGAGGAAGGGUCCGAAUGUCCAAAGAAAUUCAACUGCCCCAAGGAAAUUACUGUGGAUGAUAAAGCCUGUCAAUUCCACGGUCGUCUGUACCAAGUAGGCGAGGACAUCAACACUGGUAACCCGUGCCAAUUAUGUUCAUGCCAGCGAGGCUGGGAAGGUAUAGGAAUCCGAUGCAUCUCUGUGGAAUGCCCCAUGGAUUUCGGACCUCCGCUCAACGACAGCUGCAGAGAGGUCUACGAGGAUGGAAAGUGCUGCGCUGAACGCAUUGAAUGCGACACAGAAGAAGACAAACAAAAACCAGUAAAGACAUGCGAAUAUGGCGGUAAAACUUAUCAUCUGGGCGAGAAGAUUUAUCCCGACGAAGAUCCUUGCCUCAUCUGCAGAUGCACUGAAGACUGGACUGGCAUUCACGGAAACAGCUGUAAAAUCCACGAUUGUGCCUUGGAAAGGAAAAGGAAGAAGUUGGCCCAGGGUUGCUUGCCUAUCUACCACGAAGCUACCUGUUGUCCAAUCGAGUUCUUCUGUGGACUGCCUGAAGAAGGAUUGCUGAAUCGCAGUGCUCCUCUGCUCAACGCUCAAGAUAUAGAAUCUGGCAAUUUCUGUGAAUUCAAAGGUAACAAAUAUAAGGUAGGAGAUACCUUGGAUUACGAGCAUCCGACCAAUUGCGUCACUUGCACGUGCCUCACUCCUCCAGACUUCACUUGCAUUCACAGGAAGUGCCCCCGACCACCGAAUGAUGACUACGAGAAUUGCACCCCUACCUACGUUCCAGGAGAAUGUUGCCCAACUUAUGACUGCGGACAUAGACUGACAGCUCGUGCUCCCGUACCUCACUGCUCACCAGUACAGUGUCCCAAAGGAUGCUCUGAAGUGACAGUCCACAAUUCAUGUCCCUUCUGCCAAUGCCAAGAAAAACUCUGUGCCCCUCCCAAGUGUGCUCCGGGAUGUACUUUGGAGACCAAAGAGGGACAGUGUCCCGAAUGUAAGUGUCAGGAUAAACUCUGUUCUCCACCCAAAUGUGCCCCAGAAUGCUCUCUCGAAAUCCAGGAAGGACAAUGUCCUGAAUGCAAGUGCCCAGGAGCUCAAAUAUCGUGUUCACCGGUUAAGUGUCCUGCCCACUGCUACGAAGUGUCGAAUCCUCUCGGUUGUCCAAUGUGCAUGUGCGGACCUCUUUGUACUCCACCGAAAUGCGAGGUCGGUUGCCGUGUACACAAGGAUGUUGCAGAAGGAGAAUGUCCCAGAUGUGUUUGUGAUUCCAACCAAAAAGAAGGAAGUACCAUGCAAUGUGCUCCUGUGAAGUGCCCAGCAACUUGCAGGGAAAGCCUGAGUAAUUCCGGCUGUCCUUCAUGCGUGUGCGAUUCUCUCUGCUCACCCCCCAAAUGCGAACCAGGAUGCAAAGUGGAUACAUCUCCCCAACCAUUGGGAUCAUGCCCUGGAUGUGUGUGUGAGAACCAAGAGCCACCCAAAUUGCAGUGUGCUCCUGUCAAAUGUGGUCCCCUCUGUCACGUGGCGUACGAGGCAAACGGAUGUCCUUCUUGCCUCUGCGACCCCCUCUGCACCCUACCCGUCUGCAAGGAGGGCUGUCGCCUAGAUCAUGAUCCAACCCUUGGCCCAUGCCCGACAUGCGUGUGUAACGGAACAACCAGUAAAUGCCCUCGAAUUCAAUGUGGAGCAAACUGCCAGGAGACUACAGGUGCCGACGGAUGCCCGACUUGUGCUUGUGGACCUCUUUGUUCCACACCGAAGUGUGACAUAGGGUGUCAUUUGGAGUAUGACCGUGCUGCUGGGCCAUGUCCUUCUUGUGUCUGUCUUGACCAAGUUAUUGCAAAUCCCUUUGGUAUACAGUGUUCCAUGCCUAAAUGUGACGAGGAUUGUACAAUCGAUUACAACGCAAAACCCUGCCCUAGUUGCACAUGCGGUGUUUCAUCAGGUAUCCAGUGUUCUCCUCCAAAGUGUGAUGAAGGUUGUCAAAUUGAUUACUCGGCGAAACCGUGCCCGGCCUGCGUCUGCACUGAAGCUAAAACUGAUCUCACAGCAAUCCAAUGUUCGAUCCCAACAUGUGAUCCCGGAUGCAGGGUCGACUAUAACGCCAAGCCAUGCCCUACUUGUACUUGUGUACGUCGAGCACCUCCUCGCCGCACUCAGUGCACCCUCCCCAAAUGCGAACCCGGCUGCGAAAUUAAUUACAGGGCCGUCCCAUGUCCAGCCUGUGUCUGCAGAACACGGCCACCAACAGCUAUCCAGUGCACUAUCCCAAAAUGUGAGCCCGGAUGCGACGUUGAUUACAACGCACAUCCCUGUCCGGCAUGCUCUUGUGCAAGUAAAGCCCUCCCUGGAACCAUCUGUUCUCCCGUAAAAUGUGAUCCAGGUUGCCAGGUCGACCGCAGCGCCAAGCCUUGUCCCGCCUGCGUGUGCCUCGGUGCAGGACAAUCAGGUAUUCUGUGUUCUCCACCGAAAUGUAACGAAGGUUGCAGAAUCGACUACAAUGCAAAGCCUUGUCCCGUAUGUGUUUGCGAUGGAAGCACAAUCGGAGUAUCUGAUAUUCUUUGCUCACCCCCCAAGUGUGAUCCAGGAUGCAGGGUAAACUAUGAUUCUAGACCAUGUCCCAGCUGUUCAUGCGGUGGAGUUAUCACAGGUGUAGGUGUACCUACCAUCUUGUGCUCUCCUCCGAGAUGCUCCGAAGGUUGCCGAGUAGAUUACAGCACCAAGCCCUGCCCCUCCUGUGAUUGUGGAGCAACCCACAGAAGUGCUCCAACCAUCCAAUGCUCCCCACCGAAGUGUGAUGCUGGUUGUAACAUAGAUUAUUCCACCAAGCCUUGCCCAAGCUGCUCAUGCCCAGGUAUUCCAACUAUUCAGUGUUCUCCCCCCAAAUGUGAUCCUGGUUGCAAUAUUGACUAUUCUACGAAACCCUGCCCCAGUUGCUCUUGUCAAGGUCCUCCCCUUGUUCAAUGCUCCCCACCGAAAUGCGAUCCCGGCUGCAUCAUAAAUUACGCGACGCAACCGUGUCCUAGCUGUGCUUGCCCAGGAACCGGAGCUAUUCAGUGUUCCAUGCCGAAAUGUGACCCUGGAUGUACCAUCGAUCAAAGUGCUCAACCUUGUCCCGUCUGCAAAUGCGAAGGACGUCCCCCUGCAUUUCAGUGUGCUCCGGUUAAAUGCGAAAGCCACUGUCAACAGGUAUUAGGAAAUGAUGGCUGCCCGACUUGCCAGUGUCCCUUGUGCACGCCACCCAACUGUGGUCCAGGGUGCAGAUUAGAUACCAAUGCAAGACCAUGUCCAACCUGCAUCUGUGACAGAUUCCAGAGGAGAUAUUCCAUGCAACUCAAUGCGUUCAGUGAUCCUUUCUGCUCCCGACUUAAGUGCGGCCCCGGUUGCCAGAGAGCCCUCACCUCUGCCUCGCCCUCAGAACGUUGCCCCAUGUGCAUUUGCAGAGGAAGAUCAGGCGAGCGUCAGAUGUGCAUUCCUAUGCAAUGCGAGCUUCCCUGUCGAUUCGAGAGAUUCAGCGAGCAUGGAUGUCCAUCAUGCAUUUGCAAUCCCAUUCCUUGCCCCGAAAUAGACUGUCAGCCGGGGUACGCUCCACGGAAAUCAGAAUGGGAGAGGUGCCCGAGAUGUCAACCCAUUGAAGCGCAAGAUCCACCCCUUAUUCAAUGCUCCCCACCUAAAUGCGAUCCAGGAUGCACUCUCGACUAUUCCACCAAACCUUGUCCAAGCUGUUCAUGCCAAGGUACGUGAAAUUCAAGAAAAUCUUCCGAAGAAGCCUUUUCAUUCUAAUUCAUCCAUCUGUUGCUAAAAGUGAACGAUGAAAUCCUUCGAAUGCUCCAGGCACUCUCACCUCCUUGUUCUGGUGCAAAGAAAAAACAAAACCACGAUGAACUUUCUUUCUUAUAGACUCUUACAUUCAACAUCUAUGUCUUUCGAUCUUCAACCAUUUCUGAUGUAUCACAGUCAUCAACCUGAAAUGUUUCUCUAUGCUUUAUGCAGAUCUCUAUUCUCCUUGAAAGAGCUUUUCAAUAAAUUUUAUGUCUUAAGAAAA